UGUGUAUGUCAAUUCUGCUCCAUUUGAGGACAUUAAAUAAACUAGUAUUACCUGGCACGUUAGGAAGACCGUUUAUUGGGAAGAGACUCAUUAAUUCGACUUCGAUUUACAAGAUGAGUGAGCCUACAGAUAAUACUAGCGCACAACCUGCAGCAGCUGGUGAACCAAAAAUCAAGACUGAAAAGGAAUUGGAAAAAGAACGUAAGAAGGCUGAAAAAUUAGCCAAAUUCCAAGCUAAGGAAGCCAAAAAAUUAGAAGCCAAAAAGAAAGCUGAAGCCAACAAAGAUGCUAAACCAAAGAAGGAAAAAAAAGUUGCUGAACCAAUUCCUGAGUUUGUUGAUAAGACCCUAAAAGGUGAAAAGAAAAUCUUGGUUAGUUUGGAUGAUCCAUCAUUGAAAGCAUAUGAUCCAAAAAACAUUGAAAGUUCGUGGUAUGACUGGUGGGUCAAAGAAGGUUUGUUUGAACCUGAAUUCACUGAAUCUGGUGAGAUUAAACCAGAAGGUGCAUUUUGUAUUCCAGCUCCACCACCAAAUGUUACUGGUGCAUUACAUAUUGGACAUGCUUUAACUGUUUCUAUUCAAGAUACUUUGAUCAGAUACAACAGAAUGAAAGGAAAAACUGUCUUAUUCUUGCCAGGUUUUGAUCAUGCUGGUAUUGCAACUCAAUCUGUUGUUGAAAAACAAUUGGCUAAAGAAGGUAUCUCAAGACACACUUUAGGCCGUGAGGCUUUUGUUCAAAAAGUUUGGGAUUGGAAGGAAGUUUACCAUGGUAAAAUUAAAAGCCAGUUUCAAAGACUUGGUGCCUCAUAUGAUUGGAAUAGAGAAAAGUUCACUUUAGAUGAAGAUUUAUCCAAAGCUGUCUCUGAAACUUUUAUUAAAUUACACCGUGAAGGGAUUAUUUACAGAGCUUCUCGUUUAAUCAACUGGUCAGUUCGUUUAAACACUGCUAUUUCAAAUUUGGAAGUUGAUAACAAAGAAAUCAAAGGUAGAACUUUAUUAUCUGUUCCAGGUUAUGAUGAAAAAGUUGAAUUCGGUGUUUUGACUUCAUUUGCUUAUCCAGUUGAAAACUCUGAUGAAAAGAUUGUUGUUGCAACCACUCGUCCAGAAACUUUGUUUGGUGAUACCGGUAUUGCUGUUCAUCCAGAUGAUUCAAGAUAUAAACAUUUACACGGUAAAUUUGUUAUCCAUCCAUUCUUAGGUACUAGAAUUCCAAUUGUCACUGAUGCCGAAGCUGUUAAUAUGGAAUUUGGUACUGGUGCUGUUAAAAUCACUCCAGGUCAUGACAACAACGAUUAUGCUACUGGUAAACGUAAUAAUUUGGAAAUUAUCAACAUUUUAACUGAUGAUGGUAUUUUGAACGAAAAUGCUGGUGAUUGGGCCGGUAUUAAAAGAUUUGAUGCCAGAAAGAAAGUCAUUGAAGCUUUGAAAGAAAAAGGCUUAUUUGUUGAACAAAAAGAAAAUGAAAUGGUUAUUCCAAUUUGUUCAAGAUCUGGUGAUGUUAUUGAACCAUUACUAAAGCCUCAAUGGUGGGUUUCACAAAAAGAUAUGGCUGACGCUGCCAUUGCUGCCGUGCGUAACGGUGAUAUCACAAUUACUCCAAAAUCUUCUGAAGCUGAAUACUUCCAUUGGUUAGAAAAUAUUCAAGAUUGGUGUAUCUCUCGUCAAUUGUGGUGGGGUCAUAGAUGUCCUGUCUACUUUGUUGAAAUUGAAGGUGAAACUAAUGAUGAAAAUGAUGGUCAUUACUGGGUCUCCGGUCGUGACAUUAAAGAAGCUGAAGAACAAGCUGCUGAAAGGUUCCCAGGUAAAACUUAUACUUUAAGACAAGAUGAAGAUGUUUUAGAUACUUGGUUCUCAUCAGGUUUAUGGCCAUUCUCCACUUUGGGCUGGCCAGAAAAGACACAAGAUUUAGCUAAAUUUUAUCCUUGGUCUAUGUUGGAAACUGGUUGGGAUAUUUUGUUCUUCUGGGUUUCAAGAAUGAUUUUGUUAGGUCUUAAAAUGACUGGUGAAAUUCCAUUCAAAGAAGUUUUCUGUCAUUCUUUAGUCCGUGAUGCUCAAGGUCGUAAGAUGUCAAAAUCUUUAGGUAAUGUUAUUGAUCCAUUAGAUGUUGUUACUGGUAUCAGUUUAGAAGAUUUGCACAGUAAAUUGUUAGGUGGUAACUUGGCUGCUAAAGAAAUUGAAAAAGCUAAAGCUGGUCAAAAAGAAUCUUAUCCAAAUGGUAUCCCACAAUGUGGUACUGAUGCUUUAAGAUUUGCAUUAUGUGCUUACACAACUGGUGGUCGUGAUAUCAACUUGGAUAUUUUACGUGUUGAAGGUUAUAGAAAAUUCUGUAACAAAAUUUACCAAGCUACUAAAUUCGCUUUGAUGCGUUUAGGUGAUGAUUAUCAACCACCUGCCACUGAGGGUGCAUCAGGUAAUGAAUCUUUAGUUGAAAAAUGGAUCUUACACAAAUAUAACGAAACUUCAAGAAUUGUCAAUGAAUCUUUUGAAAAACGUGAUUUCUUAACAUCAACUUCUGUUAUUUAUGAAUACUGGUAUCAAGUUUGUGAUGUUUACAUUGAAAACUCCAAGUCCUUGAUUUUAGAAGGUACUGAUGCUGAACGUAAAUCUGCUAGAGAUACUUUAUACACAACUAUUGAUGGUGCUUUAAGAUUGAUUCAUCCAUUCAUGCCUUUUAUCUCUGAAGAAAUGUGGCAACGUUUACCACGUCGUGCUUCAGACAAGUCAAUCUCUAUUGUCAAAGCUCCAUACCCAGUUUAUAACAAACAAUUUGACAACUCUAAGGCUGCUGCUGAUUAUGAAGUUGUUUUAGAUAUCACUAAAGAAGCACGUUCAUUAUUGUCUCAAUACAACAUUUUAAAGAAUGGUAAAGUUUUUGUUGAGGUUGAAAAUGUUGCUCUUUAUGAAACUGCUGUUUCUCAAAAAGAUUCUAUUGUUUCUUUGAUUAAAGCUAUUGAUGCUGUUGAAGUUGUUAAAUCAGUUGAAGACAUUCCACAAGGUGUUGUCUUACAAGCUGUCUCUCCUGAAAUUAAUGUUCAUUUAUUAGUUAAAGGUCAUGUUGAUAUUGAUGCUGAAAUUGCUAAAGCUCAAAAGAAAUUGGACAAGAUCCAAAAGAGCAAAGAAUCUAUUGAAAAGAUUGUGAAUACUAAAGAUUAUGCUGUCAAAGCCAAUAAAGAAGCUCAAGAGCAAAAUCAAAUCAAAUUAGAUAAUGCUAGUGCCGAAAUUGAAGGUUUUGAACAAACCAUUGCAAACUUAGAACGUCUAAAAUUAUAAAUAGAUCAGUGAACCUUUUGG